AUGUCGUGGCAAGCAUACAUCGACUCAAGCCUUGUUGGCACCGGUCACAUCGACAAGGGCGCCAUCAUCAGCGCCGCUGGAGACAGCGCCUGGGCUGCCUCUCCCGACCUCCAGCUUAAGCCUGAGGAGAUGAAGGCCAUCUCUGCCAUUGUUAGCGGUGACGACAAGGCCAAGGACAAGGCUUUUGCCGAAGGUCUCUACAUCGCCGGUGAGCGAUAUGUCAUGGCCCGAGCUGACGGCCGAAGUAUCUACGCUCGAUCGGGUCGUUCCGGCGUCGCUGUCGCAAAGACCACCCAGGCCAUCGUCGUCGGCCACCACGGCGAGGCCCAGAUCGCCGGUAACGCCACCUCCACCGUCGAGGGUCUUGCCGACUACCUCAUCAAGUCGAACUACUAG